GUCAAAACAAAAAAAUCUUGUACUUUUAUUUUGGUUUGUUGGUUUCGCAGUGAUACGCAAUCAUGUCGCAAAUUUCGUCAAAUUUGUUCAAAAAUACCCUGCAAAAUGGGAAAUUAAGUUGCAUAAAGAACCCCAUCCAGUGCAAGCACACGGCCGUCGCCGCCAAUCCGUUGGAGAAGAUCCGCGAACGGCUGGAGAGUGGGCCCAGUUUUCAGGAUUUCGUACAGAACCCAUCGUACAACCGGGAUGAUUGGGCCGCCUACGAGGGUAAGCUGCGUCGGGAGAAGGGCGAAAAUGAUCGACUUCGGUUGCCACCGUGGCUGAAGACGAAAAUUCCGAUGGGAAAGAACUUCAGUCGCAUCAAGGACCAGUUGCGGGAGCUCAAGCUGGCCACCGUGUGCGAAGAGGCCAAGUGUCCCAAUAUUGGCGAAUGCUGGGGCGGAGGAGAGCAUGGAACGCAAACCGCAACCAUCAUGCUAAUGGGUGACACCUGCACUCGUGGUUGCCGUUUCUGUAGCGUGAAAACAGCACGGGCUCCACCGCCCUUGGAUCCUGCGGAACCAACAAACACGGCCUCGGCUAUCGCCUCCUGGGGAUUGGACUACAUCGUCCUAACAUCGGUGGAUCGUGACGAUUUGCCCGACGGAGGAUCGAAUCACAUUGCGGCCACCAUUCGGGAAAUCAAGAAGCAAAAUCCUCGGAUCUUUGUGGAAUGCUUGGCUCCGGAUUUCCGCGGAGACAUGGAGUGCGUUAAGACGGUUGCCCUGUCCGGGUUGGAUGUCUAUGCGCAUAAUAUCGAAACGGUUGAAGCUUUGACGCCAUUCGUGAGGGAUCGUCGGGCGCACUAUAGGCAGAGUUUGAAGGUUCUGGAAAGCAUCAAGGAAAUCAAUCCGAACAUGAUUACGAAGACCUCCAUUAUGCUGGGUUUGGGUGAGACGGAUGAACAAAUUGAACAGACUCUGAAAGAUCUUCGUUCCGUCGGGGUGGAUUGCCUCACUUUGGGACAGUACAUGCAGCCCACCAAGCGGCACCUGAAGGUAAUCGAAUACGUUACGCCGGAAAAGUUCAAACACUGGGAGACACGUGGCAACGAGCUGGGAUUCCUGUACACCGCCAGCGGUCCGUUGGUGCGCAGUUCCUACAAGGCGGGUGAAUUUUUCAUCACAAGCAUUCUCAAGAACCGAGCCGAGGAAGCCGAGAGACGCAAAAAGGCCGCGGGGGCAGCGGCGGUGAGCGUGAAGGGUGCACAACCGCAGUAACAGGUAUGAGUUGUAGGCGGGAUGUCAUGUUGAAUGAUGAAGGUUAGGGAUGAUGUCGAACAGAAAAGAAAAAUAUGCAUGCACACGUGAAACAGUGAACGCUUUUUAAAUAUAAGUCCUUCGCGGAAAAGAUUCAACCAAAAUAUAGAAAUGUUGCUUCUAAAGUCGUGCCCGUAGUGGCAUUAGAUCUGUUUUUUUUUCAUAUUUGUUGAAAAGCUAGAACUUUUUAAAGUAGGAAAAUAACUAUGAAAUUAUGUAUAUAAAUAUAUUUAAUAAAAUCAAAGGCCUCA